AUGAGCGGCCUCCCGAACGGGGGCCGGGGGACAUUGCAGAUCUGCGCCGAAGCUUUUCCCUUCACGCUGGUUCAGAGAGGCUCUUCUCCCGUUACCCUCGACAUCGCCAAACCUACACCCGGCAACAUCAGCACUAACACCGCAAUGACACGCUCCUUUCGAUACCGCGACGGCGUAGCAAUCGCCCAAAUCAUCGUCUUCCUAGUCUAUCUCGCCUUCGGCAUCCUCUUCCGCAUCCAAAAGAAAAUGGGCUGGUUCGGCAUCUCCUUCAUCUCCACCAUCCGCAUCGUCGGCGCCGGCUGCAUGCUGGGAACACUCACAAACUCUUCGCGCGCAGUCUGGGCCGCCAUCUUUGUCUGCGAAUCCCUCGGUCUCGUGCUCUUGACCUUUGUACUGCUUGAUCUGCUCAAGAGGGUCAACGCCUUCGUCCAGGUCCUGACACAAUGGCACUUCCGCAUCCCCGAACUAAUCUGCUGGGCCGGCCUCGGUAUCUCCAUCGCAGACUACAUCGUCGCAGCCAAAAAGACAUCCGACGCCACGGCGCCCGGCACGCUCACGAGGGCGGGCGUAGGCCUCUUUGCCGCGCUCUACUUCUGA